UAAACAUGCUGGUUUCUCGGUUUAGCCGACUUGCAGGUAGCUCUCGGGUCGUGUCCCGACUGGCUUCAAGUCAGUCGGCUUUGAUCCCGACAGCACCCAAUGUCUUGGAAACUAACUCGGGAGUGAAAGCAUGCCUGAUGGAAUCCAAGGUCACCGAUACUUCCCUUUCUCAAAACCUGAAAAAAGAUGUCACUGAUAUAAGCCUAGUGGUGAAGGCUGGAACUCGAUUCGAAUCGGAUGUUUCUCAGGAGCUAGGGCUGGCUCAAGCUCUGAAAACCUUCUCAAUGUUGACGCAUGACGGGUCAACUAUUCUCAGAUCUCUGGGAACCAUGGAGUUGCUAGGCUGUGAAUACGGCAUAACGGUGACUCGAGAACUGAUCAUUUACAAAUUGUCAUGCGAACAGCAAUACUUCAACGAUGUUUUACCUUUCCUUACCAGUGCCCUUUCCAAACCGAGAUUUGCCAAAUGGGAAUUAGGUCCAACAAAGUACCAGGCAAAGUUGGAUAGUUUUCUCUUCAGCCAAGAUCCGGUAGCUGUCACCGUUGACCUUUUGCACAAAGCUGCGUUCAGAAAGGGACUUGGAAACUCACUCACUAUGACUGAAGAUCAAGUUGACUCGUUGAAUCCAGAUAAAUUGCUGAAGUACCACGAAUUAAUGUUCUCGCCAAGUAACGCAUUCUUGGCGUCUAAUAACGCUCCGCAAGAUUUGGUGAAGUCUCAUUUUGAAAACUUCGGCAAAGGAGAAGCUGGUUCGAAAAGUAUGGUAAAAAUAGCGAAGAGUGAAUUCAUCUCGGACGAGAUUCGAUCCGAUGACAAUACAAAAGACAGUGUUGUGAUUGCUAUCGCAAGGAGCAGUGGACCUACUAACAGUAAACAGGCCAUUAUAGACUCGAUGCUUGCUCAUUUGCUUCAAGGUAAAUCCAGCUCCUCAAUUGGCCAGAAAGACUUCCUGCUUCUGCCAUUGGCGGAGGAGCACGGCGAAUGGGCUCAGGCCUUUCAGUGUGACUACAGUGACGCGGGAAUGUUCGGAUUCCUCGUCAGUUGCCAGGCGGAGAACGCGACUGCACAUGUGAACAAACUUAUGGAGUCACUGAAGUCCCUCGACGUCUCACUGACUGAGGAUCACGUGACUAUUGCACGUAGCAGCCAUAUGAGAGGUGUGCUAAGUGAGCUUUCGACCCCAUCGGCACAAGUAGAACACAUGGCCGCUCAGAUGAUGUUGGGCACUGCUAUUGGACAAGAUGAAUACAAUGCAAUUCUGAACAGUGUGACCAAAGCGGACCUGAAAAAAGCAAUCGGAGACUUCCUGAAUGCGCCCAAGAGCAUGGCAUCUCACGGAAACUGCUCACAUGUACCGUACCUUGAACAAAUAAAAUGCUAGAUUGUUUUAACAGCCACUUAAUUGAAUUAAAUCCCACUGAU